UCCAAAAGAGAUAUGAACACGGCGUAGUUCCAACACUCCAAACAAAAACAGUGAGCGAGAAAAAAGAAAAAAAAAAUCUCGAUUUCGAUUUCGAUCUCGAUCUCGAAAAAUCACGGAAAAAUCGGCGAGGAUGGGGGCGAUGAGAGCGGACGAGGAGUACGAUUACUUGUUCAAGGUUGUUCUCAUCGGCGACUCCGGCGUUGGCAAAUCCAACAUCCUCUCGCGAUUCACUCGCAACGAGUUUUGCCUUGAGUCGAAGUCUACGAUUGGAGUUGAAUUCGCCACUCGCACUCUCGAGGUUGAAGGCAGGACAAUAAAAGCUCAAAUAUGGGACACAGCAGGCCAAGAGCGAUACCGAGCAAUAACCAGCGCAUACUAUCGUGGAGCCCUAGGCGCUCUUCUUGUCUACGACAUCACCAAACCCACCACCUUCGAAAACAUCAGUCGUUGGCUAAAAGAACUUCGAGAUCACGCCGACUCCAACAUUGUCAUCAUGCUUAUCGGCAACAAAACUGACUUAAAGCACCUUUGUGCUGUAGCUUCAGAGGAUGCUCAGAGUUUUGCUGAGAAGGAAGGACUGUGUUUUAUCGAGACCUCUGCUCUUGAAGCGGUUAAUGUUGAGAAAGCGUUUCAGAUAAUUCUUGGGGAGAUUUAUAAGAUUAUUAGUAAGAAGAGUGUUGUUUCGAAUGAUGAAGCUAGUGCUGGUAGCAUUAAGGAAGGGAAGACGAUUUCUGUUUCAGAUGCCGAGGCUCCUGCGAAGAAGCAGUGCUGCUCAACAUGAAGUGAGUUUCGAGCUUCUGAGGCUCUCUCUCUGUUUUCUUGUGCAUUGCUUGAUUGUUGAUUCUUUGUAAUGCGUGUUUUGUUAUGAACUCAUGUAUAUAGUUGCUUUGAUGUUCUGUUGUGUUGUAGAAAGGACCUGAUUUUUUCCAAGAACGCAAGAGAAGUUAAAAGUCCUUAUAUGCUUCAGUAGUGAGAUAUUGGUUCACA